AUGUUGCCAGUACAGGGACAAGCAGAGACCAUCUACAAUGUCUCAAGGGUCUUGAAUCAGUAUGAAUUCAAGCUCAAUGAGAUCAAUCAGAAGAUCUGGUCCAAUCCCGAGCUAGCAUUUACGGAGCACAACGCCCACGACAAUAUCUGCGAACUUUUCGAGUCACUCGGCGCUGGAUACUAG